CCCCCGACCCUAGGGAGAGCGAGGCAGCAAUUGCAACUCUGAGAGGCGCGGGAGGAGAGCGGGGCUCGGUGCAGCGCUGCCUCCAGUCGGGUCCUGUCCCGCGGACCUCCUCCCCCCGCCGCAGGGUCUGGCGGGGAGGAGGAGUGUGUGUGCUGGGGGGAGCCGGGGCUGGAGCCCGAGCCGGAGCCUCGGAGGAGAUGGGGAACCCGGGAGAAAGGCAGCGGGAGCAGCAGCAGCAGCCUUGUUUCGCUCCGGGGCUGUAGCAGGUUUCUCGUUUUCCUUGGAAUGAUAAUCAGGCACUGAAGACAGGCACCUUAUUUCCAUUCCAUACAAGAUAAAAGAAGUACUCUUACUCAGAUGUCAUGCCAAACACUGGUGAACAGGAAGAAAAUGUUUAACAAUCAUCACAGGUGGCAUUGAUGAGGUUCUUUCUUGCCUUUGAAGAAUUGAUAUUCUGAUGACUCUUCUCUCUUAGUUUAAAAGAAAAAAAAAAUAUAUAUAUAUAUAUACACACACACACACACACACAGAUAGAUAGACAGACAAACCGACAAUAAAGAAAAACAAAACUACCAGCUGACAGAACACAACUCUCCAAGAAGUCUUCCUCUCUGCAUUUGACGCAGUAGCAACCCCUCCCUGGUUGUUUAUGCAGUAAAUAAAAAUGUAAUUACAACGGCACCAGGCCUCCUGGUAAGACUUGGCACUUGCCUGUGAGUGGACAUGAGUGAUCCACGGCAGUCCCAGGAAGAGACACACCAGUUCACCAGAGCCUCUUCAAAGUUUAAGGAUUCUCCACGCACCAUGCAGUCGGAUGAUUAUUUUGCUCGAAAAUUUAAGGCCUUGAAUGGCAACAUGGGUCCCCCAACAUCUUUGAAUGUUUCAAAUGUCGGCGAAAGUGGGGGUCCAGCUAAUGGCACACCGGCAAUGCCCAAAAUGGGCGUUAGAGCGAGGGUAUCUGAAUGGCCUCCUAAGAAGGACUGCUCGAAGGAGAUAAGUUGCAAGGCAUUACGGGAGAGCCGAUCACAAACCAGUUAUGAAACUGCAGUGGCGGCGGCAGUCAUGCAGAAUGGACAGAAUGACCAGGGUGAUGGGCAGCAAGAGGAACAGCUUGAUAUAGAAUUUGCAGAGACCAAGUAUACCAUAGGAGAUAUUUUUAUUCAUUCUCCACAGCGAGGAGGACUUCACCCCAUAAGACAGAGAAGCAAUAGUGAUGUUACCAUCAGUGACAUCGAUGCUGAAGAUGUUUUAGACCAGAACGCCGUUAACCCAAAUACUGGGGCAGCCCUACACAGGGAAUAUGGAAGUACUUCUUCAAUUGAUAGGCAAGGUUUAUCGGGGGAAAAUCUUUUCGCAAUGCUCAGAGGGUACAGAGUAGACAAUUAUCAACACAAAGCUCUUGCCCCAUUUGGGUUUCCCGAGUUCUUCCACUGUGAUCCUACGAUCUCUCCCAGUCUUCAUGCCGCAGCACAGAUUUCUAGAGGAGAGUUUGUACGUAUCUCAGGGUUAGAAUAUGUGGACAAUGCCCUGCUGAUGGGAAGGGACAGGGAAAAGAAUUUCAAGCGGAGGUUAAAAUCAGAGUCAGUGGAAACGUCCCUUUUCCGGAAACUGAGAACUGUCAAAAGUGAACAUGAAACUUUCAAAUUCACAUCUGAUCUGGAGGAGAGUCGGCUUGAGAGGAGCAUUCGCCCAUGGAAUUGUCAAAAGUGUUUUGCACAUUAUGAUGUCCAGAGCAUUUUGUUUAAUAUCAAUGAAGCCAUGGCUACAAGGGCUAAUGUGGGAAAAAGAAAAAAUAUAACCACUGGCGCUUCAGCAGCGUCACAGACUCAGAUGACAGCAGGCCAGGUGGGAAACUGUGAAUCUCCUUUGGGAAGCAAGGAGGAUCUCAACUCCAAGGAGAACCUCGAUGCUGAUGAGGGGGAUGGGAAAAGCAAUGACCUUGUGCUGAGUUGUCCCUAUUUCAGGAAUGAGACCGGUGGGGAGGGUGACAGAAGGAUUGCACUUUCUAGGGCAAACUCGGCUUCUUCCACUAUGGGUGAAAGCUGUUCCUUUGAGUCCUCCCUCAGCUCCCACUGCACCAAUGCAGGUGUUUCGGUUUUGGAGGUGCCAAGAGAAAACCAGCCAAUUCACAGGGAGAAAGUGAAACGUUACAUCAUAGAACACAUUGACCUGGGAGCCUACUAUUACCGUAAAUUUUUCUUUGGGAAAGAGCACCAAAACUACUUUGGAAUAGAUGAAAAUCUGGGCCCUGUUGCAGUAAGCAUCCGGAGAGAGAAGCUUGAAGAAACUAAGGAAAAAGAAGGGUCCCAAUUCAACUAUCGGGUAGCUUUCAGGACCAGUGAGCUUACAACGCUUCGAGGAGCAAUUUUAGAAGAUGCCAUACCUUCCACCGCGAGACAUGGCACAGCACGAGGGCUGCCUCUCAAAGAGGUUCUCGAGUAUGUUAUCCCUGAGCUGAGCAUUCAGUGCCUACGGCAGGCUUUGAACUCCCCCAAAGUCUCGGAACAGUUACUCAAGCUUGAUGAACAAGGGUUGAGCUUUCAGCACAAGAUUGGGAUCCUUUAUUGCAAAGCAGGCCAGGGCACCGAAGAAGAGAUGUAUAACAAUGAGACAGCAGGACCUGCUUUUGAAGAAUUCCUGGAUCUUCUGGGCCAAAGAGUACGGCUGAAAGGUUUUAGCAAAUACCGAGCUCAGCUAGAUACUAAAACGGAUUCCACAGGAACCCAUUCUCUCUAUACCACCUAUAAAGAUUAUGAAGUAAUGUUUCAUGUGUCAACUAUGCUACCCUAUAUGCCCAAUAAUAGGCAACAGCUCCUAAGGAAAAGGCACAUAGGAAAUGACAUCGUUACCAUUGUCUUCCAAGAGCCUGGAGCACUUCCUUUUACUCCAAAAAAUAUCCGAUCUCAGUUUCAGCACGUCUUUGUUAUUGUCAAGGUGCACAAUCCUUGCACUGAAAAUGUGUGUUAUAGUGUUGGAGUUUCAAGAUCAAAAGAUGUACCACCAUUUGGUCCACCGAUUCCCAAAGGCGUGACUUUUCCAAAAUCAGCAGUUUUUAGGGACUUCCUAUUAGCCAAAGUGAUCAAUGCUGAAAAUUCAGCCCACAAGUCAGAAAAGUUUCGCGCUAUGGCCACUCGAACAAGGCAGGAAUACUUGAAAGAUCUGGCAGAAAACUUUGUUACUACAGCUACAGUGGAUACCUCCGUCAAGUUCAGCUUCAUUACAUUAGGUGCAAAGAAAAAGGAGAAAGUAAAACCAAGGAAGGAUGCUCAUUUAUACAGUGUUGGGGCUAUCAUGUGGAAUGUCAUAGCACGGGACUUUGGCCGGUCUGCAGACAUUGAAUGUCUCCUGGGAAUCUCCAAUGAGUUUAUCAUGUUGAUUGAAAAGGAGACCAAGAACGUUGUAUUCAACUGUUCCUGCAGAGAUGUUAUUGGAUGGACAUCUGGAUUAAUGAGCAUCAAAGUGUUUUAUGAAAGAGGAGAAUGUAUUCUUCUGUCUACAGUGGAUAAUUGUACUGAUGAUAUAAGGGAAAUUGUUCAGAGAUUAGGAAUAGUGACCCGAGGAUGUGAAACCGUGGAAAUGACAUUGCGGAGGAAUGGGCUGGGCCAACUUGGCUUCCAUGUCAACUUUGAAGGAAUCGUAGCAGAUGUGGAACCCUUUGGCUUUGCUUGGAAGGCUGGCCUCCGCCAAGGCAGCCGCCUUGUUGAGAUCUGCAAAGUAGCUGUAGCUACCCUGACCCACGAGCAGAUGAUUGAUUUGUUACGUACGUCUGUGACAGUCAAGGUAGUCAUCAUUCAGCCUCAUGAAGAUGGAUCUCCCAGAAGGGGUUGUUCUGAGCUCUGCCGAAUCCCGAUGGUGGAAUAUAAACUCGACAGUGAAGGUACCCCAUGCGAGUACAAAACCCCUUUCAGGAGGAAUACAACUUGGCAUCGGGUCCCAACUCCUGCUGGGCAGCCUCUGUCUCGUGCCUCCCCGAUCCUGGGAACAUCUGACCGGCUGCCCUGCCAACAGCUUCUCCAGCAGGCUCAAACAGCUAUUCCUCGCAGCACGUCCUUUGACAGAAAGUUGCCAGAUGGCACAAGGACAGGUCAAGAUGUUGAAACUCCACAAAUACCUCAGUGCACUGUUAAUGAUUCUAGUCAACAUUACAGAAGUUCACCAAGCAACCAGUCAUCUUCCAGUGACCCAGGACCCAGCGGGAGUAGCCACUGGAGACAGCAAGUGGGAUAUGACGGGUGCCAGUCUCCUCUACUUCAUGAACACCAGAGUUCUGGUCCACUGGAGUGUGAAGGAGCCAGGGAGCGAGAAGAAAUUAUGGAAGGAACUAGACUUUCUGAAACCAAGUGGCAUGGACCACCUUCCAAAGUCUUGAGUUCCUAUAAAGAGAGAGCCCUACAGAAAGAUGGAAGUUGCAAAGAUUCCCCGAACAAGCUUUCUCAUAUUGGAGACAAAAAUUGUUCCAGUCAUUCUAGCAGUAACACGCUCUCGAGUAACACAUCCAGCAACAGUGACGACAAGCACUUUGGUUCUGGAGACCUCAUGGACCCGGAGUUGCUGGGAUUAACCUAUAUUAAAGGGGCCUCGACCGACAGUGGCAUUGAUACAACCCCCUGCAUGUCUACUUCGAUGAUGGGCCCUCUGCACCUGACGGGCAGCAGGUCCAUGAUGCACAGUCGGGCAGAGCAGUGGGCUGACUCUGCGGAUGUGCCUGGCCCUGAAGAGGAGCAGGCCAAGCUCUAUGCAGUUCACAGCUAUCCAUCUGCCAUCUCUGUCAGUAAUACUGCAGAAGGCAGCAUGGGUGACCUCAGCGAAAUAUCUUCUCAUUCCAGUGGUUCACACCAUUCAGGAAGCCCUUCAGCACACUGUUCUAAAAAUAGUGGAUCUUUGGACACCUCCAAAGUCUACAUAGUAUCACACAAUAGUGGCCAGCAGGUUACUGGGUCAUUGUCCAAAUCCUACCACAGGCAAGGAGCAGUCAGCAAAUAUGUUAUUGGUUGGAAGAAAUCAGAAGGCAGUCCCACACCCGAAGAAUCUGAAGUAAAUGAAUGUCAGGGAAUGUAUAGAGAUAUGGAAGCCAUGUCCACCUCAAGUCAACAUCAGACCGUGGUUGAGGAUGCAGUUUCUGAAACCCAACAUGUCCUGUCCAAAGAAGACUUUUUGAAGUUAAUGCUUCCCGGCAGCCCUUUGGUGGAAGAGGGCCAAAGAAAGUUUUCAUUUUAUGGGAACCUGUCUCCAAGAAGGUCCCUGUACCGCACACUCUCUGAUGAAAGUAUAUGCAGUAACCGCAGAGGAUCUUCCUACGGCAGCUCGCGGAGUUCCAUCCUCGACCAAGCCUUGCCCAACGACAUUUUGUUCAGCACCACCCCGCCGUACCAUAGCACACUCCCGCCUCGGACCAACCUGGCACCAGGCAUGGGAGGCCUAAGAAGUGAGUGGCGUUGCGAUGAGUUCUGGCUCUCCGAUGGGUCCUUAUCGGAUAAGUCCAAAUUCACUGAUCCAGGUCUGAUGCCCCUCCCAGACACUGCCACAGGGUUAGAUUGGUCCAACCUUGUGGAUGCUGCACGGGCAUUUGAAGAUCAGAGAGUAGCGUCCUUCUGCACCCUGACAGAUAUGCAGCAUAUGCAGGGCUUGGAGGGAACCCAAGAGUUAUCUUUAUGUGUAGACCCAGCCAAUGGGAAAGAUUUCAUGGAUACAGAUGGGGAGCGUUCUCCAUCAACUUUGACUGGAAAAGUUAAUCAACUAGAAUUGAUUCUUCGACAACUUCAGACUGACCUCCGGAAGGAAAAACAGGACAAGGCUGUUCUCCAGGCCGAAGUUCAGCACUUGAGGCAGGACAACAUGAGACUUCAGGAAGAAUCCCAAACAGCAGCAGCUCAACUGAGAAAAUUCACAGAAUGGUUUUUCAAUACCAUUGAGAAGAAAUCUUAACUUCCAGAUAUCUAGCCAGGAACCGCUGUUGGCGCUUCUAUCCAUUUGAAGUAGCAAAAAUCUGAUUUUUAACUGUGCUUACAAUCAGUUUUUAGAUGUUUCCGCUAUUUCCGCUCUGUCCAACACCAUUCAUCCAGGCAAGGUUUGGG